CAAUUUGAAAACGCCAAGGCAACUGCAAUAGCAACAAAGUCUAGCAUUAAAGAGCACAGCGAGAAAGAAGUAGCAUUAAUAAGAAGAUAACAAUUGAGCAGCAGCAACAAGAGCAACGAGAGCAACCGCCACAGCAACUGAGAGGAGAAAGCAGUGCAGCUAACAGUUAUGAGAGAGAAAGACCACUCACCAAGAAAGAUGCUUCCUAGCCCAAAACAGGGCUGUGUUUACCCUGCCUUAGGAUUAAUACCCACAUCGUAUAUAUCACAUGUACCUUAUGAUCUGUCCGCCUCAACGACGGCGGCCACAGCUACCAGCAGCAUGACGACGACAACAGCGCGACACCAGCAUCAUCAUCAUCAUCAUCAGCAUCCACAUCAUCAGCAACACCAGCAGCAGCAACAACAUCAUCAACAGCAGCAGCAACAUCAUGGCAACAAGGCGAAGCGACGUAGCAGCUAUGAUCAGCCAUUGGAUCUGCGAUUGGCGCACAAGCGACGUCAGCCUGGCAAGUUGGAGAUGGAGAUGGAGUUGGAGAUGGAGAUGGAGGAGCGACAGUCGCCACAGCCGCUGGAGGAUGAGAAUAGCAAUCUCAUCAUGUUUGCCAACGAGUUGGCCGCCCAACGCAAGGAGAAGGAGAUGAACAACAAUCACAUUGCCGCCUCGCUGGCGGAUCUUGGCUUCGAUAUGAGCCGCAAGAUGCUGCGGGCACUGCGAGAGGGCGUGGCAACGCCGCCAGCGCCACCAACGCCAGCCGUUGUGCCCGGCGUGCACUCGACGCUGCUCGAGGCGAUGACAAAGACGCUGCCACUGCAAUAUCGCAACGUGUUUGCGCCACCAACACCGUCACAAGCUGGCGCCUCAACUCCAGACUUUGCCUUUCGGCAUCCGCUCAAGAAGAGCGACCUCAGCUGGCCACCCAGCGAGCAACUGGAGCAGCAGUCACAGCAUCAGCAGCAGCAACAUCUUAAAUUGGAGCUGCCAACGCCAGCGACAGUUGUGCCCACGCCCACGCCGCAUCCACAGCUGCAGGAAUUCCAAUCCCGUCAGCAUUCGCGCAAGGCAAAGCAGCGUCAGCAGGCACAGGCACAAGCACAAUCCCAAUCGCAGACGCAGUCAGCGGGAGCGGGAGCGACGACGCUGCCAACGCAACAGCAACGCAACAAGGAUCGCUACACCUGCAAGUUUUGUGGGAAAGUGUUUCCGCGUUCCGCGAAUCUCACGCGACAUCUGCGCACGCACACCGGGGAGCAACCUUACAAGUGCAAGUACUGCGAACGUUCCUUUAGCAUCUCCUCGAAUCUGCAGCGUCAUGUGCGCAACAUCCACAACAAGGAGCGACCCUUCAAGUGCGAGAUCUGUGAGCGCUGCUUUGGCCAGCAGACGAAUCUCGAUCGGCAUCUGAAGAAGCAUGAAUCGGAUGCGGUCUCGCUGAGCGCCUUGAGUGGCGUCAGUGAGCGAAUGCAUUGCAUACGACGCUUCUGCGAGAAUCCCAGCGAGGAGUCCUACUUCGAGGAGAUACGCACCUUCAUGGGCAAGGUGACGCAACAGCAGCAGCAGCAGCAACAGCAGCAGCAGCAACAACAACAGCAGCAGCAGCAGCAACAACAACAGCUGCAGCAGCAACAGCAUCAGCAACAGUCACUGCCAUUGGCAACAUCGCGAAGCUCCGCAUCGUCCAGUUGCUCCGCCUCGCACACGCCCACAUCCUCGCACACGCCCACGCAAUCGGAGUCAUCGGAGACGCUGGCACAGGAGCUGCGUCGACUGCAGGCGGAGCGUGGCAAGACGGGCGACGACAGCGGCGAUGAGCUGCCGCCCAUUCAGCUGAAGCAGGAGGCGCCCGAGGAAGAUGAGGAGGAGGAACUGGAGCAGGAGCAGGAGGAGAAGGAUUCCAAGGAGUCCUCCAUUGCGACGCUACCAUCGACAAGAAGAGAAACGCCUACACCGAAACAGGAAUCCUAAUGGAAGCCAGCGAAAGUGCAAAAAACAACCUUAAAGCCCAAUCCUGACCCUGAAUGAGAAACAUUUCCUAUACUCGUAUGGUACAACCGAGAGAAAGAGAGAGAGAGAGAGAGAGAAAGAGCAACGGCAACAACACAAACUAUUUGCAGACCUUAUAUAUUAUAUUUUUGUCUAGCUGUAAAUAUAUAUUUUGUAUUUUGUAAUUUGUAAUUUGUAUGUUAAAUGUUAAUGUGUAAAUCGAAUUGUACAAAACAGAAGAUUGGCAACUGUAUAUCAUUUUAUGUGCGUAUUAAUUUAAGCAUUGGUAUUUUUUUUGUAUAUAUACAAAGCGACAAAACGACAACAAGCGUCCACUGUUUAAUAAAAAGUUACAAGUUUUUUGAA